AUGUCGAACUUGACAAAGCUGGAAUUUGUGGCUCUGGACAUUUCGGGGAAAAAUUAUUUAUCUUGGAUCCUAGAUGCACAGAUCCAUCUAGAUGCUAUGGGGCUUGGUAAUACCAUUGAAAAAGAUAAUGAUGCAUCUUUACAAGAUAAGGCGAAGGUUAUGAUUUUCCUUCGUUGUCAUAUUAGUGAAGAGCUGAAAAAUGAAUAUCUCACUGAAAAUGAUUCACUGAGUUUGUGGAAAAACUUAAAAGAAAGAUAUGAUCAUCAAAAAACAGUUAUUUUCCCAAAAGCUCGGACUGAUUGGCAGGAACUGCAGCUGCAAGAUUUUAAAACUGUGGUUGAAUAUAAUUCUGCCUUAUUUAAAAUCAGCUCUACACUAAAAUUAUGUGGUGAUACUGUUACUGAUGAACUUUUGCUGGAAAAAACAUACACCACAUUUCACGCCUCGAAUGUACUCGUGCAACAAUAA